UUCCUCCCCCGGUCCCCGCCCGCGCGCGCCUCUGCUCGCUGACUCGCCUCCUCCUCCUCCUGCUGCUGCUCGGUUGCGUCCCCGGGAGCCCCGAUCACUUUACAGGCGAUCAUUGUUCCCAAAGUGAAAAACAAGCGCCACUCUGAGCUGGGCGCUCGCUGCUGGCGCUGCUGCUUGCUCCGGAGAGGACCCAGACAUGCCUCCUGCUGCGGCCCGCGCCUGGCACCUGCGGGCGGCGCUCCUCUGCGCCCUGAUUUGCGCGCACGGCGGUGUCCCCAGCCAGGCAGGUGGGUGAGAUCCGGCGUGGGUUUGUCUGUCUCUCUCCCCACCCCCGCCGCCCUUCCUAAGCCCCAUUCCAUUCCGCCCCACCCCCUCUUCCACUGGGGGAGGUCUCUCUCGCUCUCGGAAAGGGGGGCGGCGUGCGCGCGGGAAGUUUUGGAGCUCUCGCUUUCCCCGAGGUGGGCUGGAUCGUGGGCCAACGGCCGGUUCCGCCGAGCCAGUCACUAGAGGACCUAGCGGUGGGCGGGCGAGUUUGCUUCCUGGGACAGGGUUGGUCCAACCCGACCUUCGCUCCGCGGGAGAGACUCGGCGUUACUUGCGGCUCUUUAGUGGGUAAUAAGGCGUUACUUUGAUCCACGAGGAGCCUCUCCGGGAAAGGACUUGGAAGUUCUCUCCUUGGUUCCUUUCUUAACCAAAGAGCAGCGCCUGCUCUUCUGAAUUGCCAUUGCACGCGUGUUUGUUGGACUCCAACUCCCAGCAGCCCCAGUACAGCCGGGAUAGUGGGACUUAAGAGUCCAGCAACAGUUUGAGGGCCACAAGUUUUUCAUCUCUGCUUUUAGAAGAAGUCACUCUCAUGUUGGCGUUCAUGCUGUGCAUAUAGGCCAUCAUUUUGGUUUUAUUCUUGAACUUCGGAGGAAUUCAGAGCAACAUUCCUGCCGUUGUCAUCAUUAAUCCUCACAACCGUGCUGUGAGGUUCAACUACUAUAUGUGUGUGUCUCGGAGAGAGAGAGAGGGACGCAAGGGCACUGAGUGGAACCAGCUUUCUCUUCUCAAAGUUUGAUGCUUGAUAGGCCACAUGUAUAGCCAGUGUGCAAAUUGAUGUUUGGCAUUUGAUUUAAGAGAAGCUUGGCACACAGGAAUGGCCCAUCCACAGUCCUGGAUAAUUCAUAGCAUAGAUAUCCCUUUCUGUCAUGUUGGAAUGAAAAUAUAGACCUGCUAUGUGGCAGGUGUGGAAACAGGCAAAUUCAACACUAGAGAUCAUUCCUGAAAGAAUUGGAAAUUAAUAAGCAGAUAGCGUAAUGCAAAUGCUGGGUACAGUUCUUGCCACUUCUCGCCUCAAAAAUGAUAUUGUAGAGUUGGGAAAUGUUUAGGAAACGGCAACCAAAAUGCUCAAGCAACUCCCCUAUGAAGAGAGAUUGCAGCGUUUGCGUGUUUUUGAGUUUUGAGAAAAGGCAAGUAAGAGGCAACAUAAUAGGAAUGUAUAAAGUUAGACAUGGCAUGGAGAAGGUAGGUAGGGAAAAGCUCCGCCCCUUUAUAACUUGUGAAUCUGUAGACAUCCAAUGAAGCUGAAUGUUGGAAGAUACAGGACAGAUAAAAGAAAAUGCUACACAAAGUGAAUAGUUAAACUAUGGAGUUUGUUCCCACAGGAGGCAAUUAUGGCCACCAACUUAGAUGGCUUUAAAAGAGGAUUAUACAAAUAAAUGGGGGAUAAGGCUAUUCGUAACAUUAUACAGGAGGCAGCAACGAAAACCAUCCCAAUGAAAAGGAAAUGCAAAAAAGCAAAGUGGCUGUCCAACAAGGCCUUACAAAUAGCGGGGGAGAGAAGGCAAGCAAAAUGCGAGGGAGAUAGUGAAAGAUACAGGAAAUUGAAUGCAGAUUUCCAAAAAAUAGCAAGGAGAGACAAGAAGGCCUUCUUAAACAAGCAAUGCAAAGAAACAGAGGAAAACAAUAGAAUGGGAAAAACCAGAGAUCUGUUCAAGAAAAUUGGAGAUAUGAAAGGAACAUUUCGUACAAAGAUUUCCAUAAUAAAAGACAAAAGUGGAAAGGACCUAACAGAAGCAGAAGACAUCAAGAAGAGGUGGCAAGAAUACACAGAGGAACUAUAGCAGAAAGAAAUGGAUGUCUCGUAUACCCCAGGUAGUGUGGUUGCUAACCUUGAGCCAGACAUCCUGGAGAGUGAAGUCAAAUGGGCCUUAGAAAGCACUGCUAAUAACAAGGCCAGUGGAAGUGAUGGUAUUCCAGCUGAACUAUUUAAAAUUUUAAAAGAUGAUGCUGUUAAAGUGCUACACUCAAUAUGCCAGCAAAUUUGGAAAACUCAGCAGUGGCCAGAGGAUUGGAGAAGAUCAGUCUACAUCCCAAUCCCAAAGAAGGGAAGUGCCAAAGAAUGCUCCAACUACCGCACAAUUGCACUCAUUUCACACGCUAGCAAGGUUAUGCUUAAAAUUCUACAAGGCAGGCUUAAGCAGUAUGUGGACCGAGAACUCCCAGAAGUGCAAGCUGGAUUUCGAAGGGGCAGAGGAACCAGAGACCAAAUUGCAAACAUGCGCUGGAUUAUGGAGAAAGCUAGAGAGUUCCAGAAAGACAUCUACUUCUGCUUCAUUGACUAUGCAAAAGCCUUUGACUGUGUCGACCACAACAAACUAUGGCAAGUUCUUAAAGAAAUGGGAGUGCCUGAUCACCUCAUCUGUCUCCUGAGAAAUCUCUAUGUGGGACAAGAAGCUACAGUUAGAACUGGAUAUGGAACAACUGAUUGGUUCAAAAUUGGGAAAGGAGUACAGCAAGGCUGUAUAUUGUCUCCUGCUUAUUUAACUUAUAUGCAGAAUUCAUCAUGUGAAAGGCUGGGCUGGAUGAAUCCCAAGCCGGAAUUAAGAUUGCCGGAAGAAAUAUCAACAACCUCAGAUAUGCAGAUGACACAACCUUGAUGGCAGAAAGUGAGGAGGAAUUAAAGAACCUUUUAAUGAGGGUGAAAGAGGAGAGUGCAAAAUAUGGUCUGAAGCUCAACAUCAAAAAAACGAAGAUCAUGGCCACUGGGCCCAUCACCUCCUGGCAAAUAGAAGGGGAAGAAAUGGAGGCAGUGAGAGAUCUUACUUUCUUGGGCUCCAUGAUCACUGCAGAUGGUGACAGCAGUCAAGAAAUUAAAAGACGCCUGCUCCUUGGGAGAAAGGCGAUGGCAAACCUAGACAACAUCUUAAAAAGCAGAGACAUCACCUUGCCAACAAAGGUCCGUAUAGUAAAAGCCAUGGUUUUCCCAGUAGUGAUGUAUGGAAGUGAGAGCUGGACCAUAAAGAAGGCUGAUCGCCGAAGAAUUGAUGCUUUUGAACUGUGAUGCUGGAGGAGACUCUUGAGAGUCCCAUGGACUGCAAGAAGAUCAAACGUAUCCAUUCUUAAGGAAAUCAGCCCUGAAUGCUCACUGGAAGGGACAGCUCGUGAAGCUGAGGCUCCAAUACUUUGGCCACCUCAUGAGAAGAGAAGACUCCCUGGAAAAGACCCUGAUGUUGGGAAAGAUGGAGGGCACAAGGAGAAGGGGAUGACAGAGGACAAGAUGGUUAGACAGCGUUCUCGAAGCUACAAACAUGAGUCUGACCAAACUGCGGGAGGCAGUGGAAGAUAGGAGUGCCUGGCGUGCUCUGGUCCAUGGGGUCACGAAGAGUCGGACACGACUAAACGACUAAACAACAACAACAACAACAACAAGGCUAUUCAUGGCUACUACACAUAUUUGCUAUGUUCUGCCUCCAUGGUUGAAGUUAGUAAUGCUUCUGGAUGUUGCUAGAAACCACUGAGUGGGGGCAGAGAUUUCUCCUGUGCUCAGGUUUUGUUUGUGGGCUUCCCAUAAGUUCCUGGUUAGCCGCUGAGCCAUGUGGGCCAAUGGCUUGAGCCAACUGACUCUUCUUAUGUUGAUGCAGGGCUUCUUAAAUUUGCACAUUAUUCUUCUGGUCACCCCAGUGCUAAUUUAGGUGCAGGCUGGGAUGCUGCCUGGGAUGCUGAGUGGGCCCAAGCCUUGGGAAUUAGUAGGCUGUCCGAAUGAAAAACAGGACAGGCCUUCUGCUCCUUUAGUAGUUGUGUAGAAGAGGAAAUCUGAGCUUUGUCAUACAGGUUGCACUUGCAGAAAUGUCAUCUUCUGCUUAUUAAAAGUUCAGAAGCCCUAUCCACCUUUGCACUUGGACACUCUGUGAAGGCAUGCUGCCACACAGAAAACUGUAUGUAAGCCCAGCCACUGGUGUGUAAUUUAAGGGAGUGGCCGUAGAAGGUGCCAUGUUCAAUCCCCAGCAUCUCCAGGUAGGGCUGGGAAUGCCACACCCCUGCCUGAAACCCUGGAGGAGCCGCACAUUGCCAGCCAGCAUAGUAGGUCCUGAACAAGGUAAUAAGAAGCAAUCUGUAAUAAGAUAAUUUCCUGUGUUCCUAAUUCAGCUAAGAUCUGCCAUCCAGCAAUGUUCCUCUUUGGAGGGAAAGGGUUACAGGGAACGUCAAGCAUUCAUUUGUACAUAUGAAUGUCUGAUUUGCAUCUAUACUCACUUAACCUGGUAAUAAGCGGAAAACAUUUGCAUGAAACAGCCUGCUCUUACCUUUGUGUAGGGCAAUGCAGCUGUGAGUGUUUGAACUGCUUCCAAAAGCAGACUAAUGGAGAGAAAUCAACGUUUUCAUCGGAGGCCUUUCUCUGGGUGCUGCACCUGAGGGAGGUGUACUAGGUGGUCUUUUCAGUAGUGGCCCCUGCCUGUGGAAUGUUCUACCCAGGGAAACCUUUCCAGUACUGUCUCUGUUAAUCUUUAUGCAGCAGACUGAAUCUAGAAAGCUCUGAGAAAUAGAAAUAACUUUGCCUGUUGAUAGAAUAGACCAUAAGGUAUGUUCUAGGCCAACUUCCUUGCAGAGUGUGUUACACAACCGGGGAGCCACCACUAAGUAGGCCCUCUUCAGAGUUCAGAGUUUCCUCCACUGAAGAUGCAUGUUAGCAUUAUUUAGCUCUCAUCCCUCUCAGUGUUCAAUCUAGGGCAUUUAUUGCUUUUUAGUAAUGUUGUAACCUGAGAAAAAAGAGCUCAAAUAGUUGCUUUUCUCCUACUCUGGGUGGGUUUUCAGUCUGCUUUGCAUGCAGAAGGUCCCAAGUUCAAUCCUUAGCAUCUCCAGAUAGGGCUAAGACUGUCCUCCAUCUGAAAGCCUGGAGAGGUGCUUCCAGUCAGUGUAGGCAAUACUAAGUUGGCUAUGCCAAUGGUUUGGCUGGGUAUAUGGCAACCUCCUAUGUUCCUUUGUUUGUAUGAACAACCUAACAUGCAGUGGCCUCUCUCGUUGACAUGUGCUCCGCAAACCUGUCACUUAAGGUUUUCCAGGAUGCCUGUUGGCUGAGGAAGUGAAUCAACACUUUAUAUAUGUGUCCUCUCUCACUAUGGAUCUGUACCACUGAGCCCUAGGUGUAACCUUGGCACCGAACCUUUGUCAAGUUGCUGUUGCCUAAUUAAUGUUGUGAAGUUGUUGUUAGGGUGCCAGUGACAGUUGGAUGCAUUGUAAGUGUAAUCUGAGUCCUUGGGGUUGGGACGGGAAAGGAGAGACGGUAAAUAAGUGACCUCUCAAAGAAGCAGAAAAGGCUUUAAAGCAAAGGACGACAAGUGCUGUACAAGUGUUUUAAAAAUGCCCCCCUCCCGAGAUCCCUGGGGCUCAUCCCAAGAAAAUUACCCCAUAAAAACAAAAGGCUCCCUGAUUCUUCAAGGGGUGGGCCUCGUCUCAGUGGUAGAGCAUCUGCUUUGCAUGCAGAAGGUCCCAGAUUUAAUCCCUGCCAUCUCCCUCCCUGUAAACCUGGGGAGCCAUUGCCAUUCAUGUGUAGACAGGACUGUACUAAAUGAACCACUGGUCUGAUGACUCCGUAUAAGGCAGCAAACUACUGUACAUUCCUUUUGGAAUGCCUUGAUGUUUGAGUUGACAAGGCCUUUGCCUAAUUUUCCCCAAAAAGCUCUUUUUAACGUGCUAAGAUCUGUACAAUCCUUUUCACCCAUCUUUUCAGGGCCCCUUCAGGGAAGGUGCUGCUGUUCCCGUUUUGCAGAGGGGACCCAUAGAAAAUGGUUUGUCCCAGGUCACCCAGGGAAACCCAAGUCUACAAUUCUGUGUGUUCUUUUCCCCCAGUGAGUUCCAUUCAGUUGUCAGGCUGACUUUAGUAAGCAAGGAUAGACUGGGGUGCAAGUUUCCUAGUUCAGUCCCCAGGAGGACUCCCCUGUGUGAGUGCCUGAGGGCCCUGCUCCUUCCUGCCAGUUACCACCUGGCCCAGGGCGGGGCCUGACAGGCCUCACAAGGACUGCUCCUGCCACCUACUGUCUGGCCCAGGGUGGGGCCUCACAAGGACGGUUGUUGCCACUGAUGCUGUUACUGCCCAGGAGGACCCGGAGGGGUGCAGAGUUCUUUUUAACAUGUUUUAGAAUCUCCCUUUCCCUUUAGAUUUUUUAUAUAUGGGGGUGGGAGGGAUGUUUGGGUGGGCUUGGGAAUUUGUUAGAUUUUGAUGAAUUUGUAAUUUUUGCAGUUUUAUUUGUACUGUUUUAUUGUUUUCUGGGUUGUUUUUGUUUUUUGUUUUUAUUGUUUUAAGGUUUUAUUGUUUUAGGCUGUGAAAGAAUAACAAUUGCCAUCAAUGGAGGCUACUAUGAGGCUUGGGAUUGCUACCGUGGAGGGGCGAGGGAGGUAUGGCGGUGGGGGCAGAUGUUAUAGGCGAAGGGGAUCGAGAUAUGGAUAUGCUCGUACCCCUUCCAAUCUGCGCCUCAUCCCGAGGGACGAGGGUAGGGUGAGCAAGGAUUACUCACCUCCGUCACUGGUGCUGUACAAUGCCAGGUCUAUAGGCAACAAAACCGCCACCCUGCGAGAUUUCUUUAUCUCGCAGGGGGUCGACCUGGCUUUUGUGACGGAGACCUGGGUGCACGAAGGGGCAACAGUUACCUUACGAGAGAUGGCGCCCCCGGGUUUCUCCGUCCUCCACCAGUCGCGGACUGUGGGCCGGGGGGGGAGGGGUGGCAUUAUUAAUCCGUGAAGAUUGUCCUUUCAGGGCUCUACCAUCGCCAUCGAUCCCCGGCAUUGAAUGUGUUGGCCUAGUGUGGGGCUCCGAGGAGAGCUUGGCUGUCUGGCUGGUGUACCGGCCACCUAGCGCACCAGCAGCCACCCUGUCAGGCCUAUUGGAGGCGGUGGCCGGCUGGGCCUUGGAGUUCCCUAACCUAUUGGUAUUGGGGGACUUCAACAUCCAUGCUGAUGCCACUCCCUCCUCACAGGCUCUGGACCUGGUGUCUUCCAUGGCGACACUAGGGCUCUCCCAGUUUGUUUCGGGCCCCACACAUCAAGCAGGCCACACGCUGGAUUUGAUCUUUGGCGUAGGUAUAGAUGUGAUCAUUUUUCCUUCGAUGAAGGUGCCAUGGUCUGAUCACUAUGCUCUGAAAGCCAGGAUUGACUUUCCACCCCCACCCUGCUUAGGUGGCGAGCCGAUUUGGGCUCGUCCGCAGAGGCUGAUGGACCCUGAUAGAUUCCGCCAAGCCUUGCGGGACCUUGCUCCCCCUGGCGACUCAUUGACUGAGCUUGUUGAGGGCUGGAAUAUCCAGCUCCUGGCAGCCAUCAAUGAGAUCGCACCUAAGCGCCCUCUGCGACCCCGCAGAAACCGGGCUCCCUGGUUUACCAAGGAGCUCCGGAAAACGGCUAGAGCGAGCCUCAGACGGCUAGAGCGAGUAUGGCGGGGUGCCCGUGACGGAGCCUCAAGAACAUCUUAUAGGGCUUUUAUGAAAACCUAUGAGAUGGCGGUGAAGGCUGCUAAGAAGUCUUACUUCUCGGCCUCCAUUGCAUCCGCUAGCUCUCGCCCGGCGCAAUUAUUUACUAUAAUCAGGUCUUUAACGUCCCUUGAGGGACAGCCAAAUUUAAAUAACAAUUUGACACACAGCUGUGAGGCAUUUGCGAGCUUUUUUUGCGGAGAAGGUCUUGUUGCUCCGCCAUGACCUCCCUGCCAGUUUGGAUACAAUAAAGGAACUGGAGGCCCCUCGACUGUCCUCGGGUCCAGUAUUGGACCACUUCAACCGGAUAUCCCCAGCCGAUGUGGACAGACGCCUCCGAGCUGGAAAGCCCACCACCUGUCCUCUCGACCCGUGCCCGUCUUGGCUGAUUAGAGCGUGUCCAGACGAGGUGCGGGCCCUCCUGGGGGAUAUCAUCAAUUUGUCCCUUGGCACGGGGACAUUCCCAGGGGAACUGAAGGAGGCAGUGGUGCGCCCGCUCUUAAAGAAAACAUCAUUAGAUCCUUUAGAUCUAUCCAAUUACCGCCCGGUUUCGAAUCUUCCGUUCCUGCGUAAGGUGAUUGAGAGAGCGGUUGCUGAACAGCUUGGUGGGUUUCUGGAUGAAACAUCGGCUCUGGAUCCAUUCCAGUCCGGCUUCCACGCUGGUCAUGGGACCGAGACGGCUCUGGUUGCCCUAACAGAUGAUCUUCGUAGACAGCUGGAUCGAGGUGGGUCGGGGCUGCUGAUUCUUCUAGAUCUGUCAGCAGCUUUCGACAUGGUCGAUCACGAACUUCUGGACCACCGCCUUGCCGACGUGGGGAUCCAGGGCACAGUCCUUCAAUGGCUGCACUCGUUUCUCUCUGGUCAGGGACAGAGGGUGGCGCAUUGUCAUCGCUCCAUUCCUUGGUGUGUGGAGUACCUCAGGGUGCGAUACUCUCCCCGAUGCUUUUCAACAUCUUUAUGCGCCCCCUCGCCCAGCUUGUCCGGAGUUUUGGGCUGGGUUGCCAUCAGUAUGCUGAUGACACCCAACUCUAUCUGUUGAUGGAUGGCCAUCCUGACUCGGCCCCAGACACACUGACCAGAUGUUUGGAAGCUGUGGCUGGAUGGUUACGUGGGAGCCGGUUGAAGCUAAAUCCUUCGAAGACAGAGGUCCUGUGGCUGGGACGGGACGAUAUGGGAUUGGGGGGGGCAACUCCCAUCUCUUGCGGGGGGCGCAAUUAGUGCCAGCACCGUCCGUUAAGAGUUUGGGUGUAAUCUUCGACACCUCCCUUUCCAUGGAGGCGCAGAUUGCAGCUACAACAAAGGCGGCAUUUUCCAUCUCCGCCAAGCUAAGCAGUUGGCUCCUUACCUCUCUCGCCCUGACCUAGCCACUGUGAUCCACGCGACGGUCACCUCCAGACUGGAUUAUUGUAACUCGCUCUACGUGGGGCUGCCCUUGAGACUGACCCAGAAACUCCAGCGGGUGCAGAAUGCUGCAGCGAGACUCCUUACGGGGUCUUCGCUGCGAGAUCACAUUCACCCGGUGCUAUACCAGCUGCACUGGCUCCCGGUGGAGUACAGGAUCAGGUUUAAGGUGCUGGUUUUAACCUUUAAAGCCCUAUACGGCCUAGGACCCUCGUACCUACGGGACCGCCUCUCCUGGUAUGCCCCACAGAGAAACUUACGGUCUUCAAAUAAAAACAUCUUGAAGGUCCCAGGCCACAGAGAAGUUAGGCUGGCCUCAACUAGAGCCAGGGCUUUUCGGCCGUGGCUCCGAUCUGGUGGAACACUCUGUCACAAGAGACCAGGGCCCUGCAGGACUUGACAUCUUUCCGCAGGGCCUGCAAGACAGAGCUGUUCCACCAGGCCUUUGGCCAGGGCACAGCCUGACUCCCUCCCUCGGCAAUCUUCGCGGAGCUCUGGCCCAAUGGUUGCCAUUGGCUUGAAUUAAUUAAUUUUAUAAUGAAUGAUUUUAGAGUGUUGUUUGUGCUGUACUUUUGUACUGUUUUAUUGUUGUUAGCCGCCCUGAGCCCGGCUUCGGCUGGGGAGGGCAGGAUAUAAAUAAAAUUAUUUAUUAUUAUUAUUAUUAUUAUUAUUAUUUCCCACUAUACUGGCACUUUUAACACCUGUAUAGAAGUGGGGUGUCUCUGUUCAGCAGCUAGGGUAAGCACAAGUCAUUUAACAACUACAGCAAAAGGGGUGGUCUCUCCUGGAUCUUUUGCUAUUCGACUUUACUUCCUUACAUAUGUGUCAUUCCUCUGUGCUUGACUUGGUUAGAAAGCAGCAAACUGUUACAGUUUGUUUUUAAAAUGUGCAACCUGCUUUUCACAGGUGCCUUAAAAUGACUUACAAAGAAGACAAAAUACAACGUACAAAAUAUAAAGCAUAGACUGAAACAUCUGUAGGAGGGAACAUCAGAGCUGCACUCCUGAAAUAAAACCAUUUUGGCAUCUGAAACUUCGCCAGGGCAGUGCCUGCCUGGUUUCUACUGGACGGUGAUCCAGAGAUUUGGGCCCACUGUCCUGAAGGCUCAUGUUGACAUGAGUCAUGCUUCUGCACCAUUGGGAGCCACUAAUAGUGCUGCCCCAGAUGAUAUUGGUGAUUGGCCUGGGACAUACUGGGCAAGACAGUCCUAAAGGUAUCCUGAGCCUAAGCUGUUCAGGGCUUGCACUUCUUCAAGAACCUUGAACCUUGCUCAGUAGAAGACGGGAAGCCAGUGCAGGUCUUUUAGCACAGGUGUCAUACAUCGGCUGUAGUCUCUUCCCAUCUCCAGACCAGAUCCGAGGGGCAGCCCCACACAGAACACAUUGUGGUAAUUCAGCCUUGAGGUUGUCAGUGCCUGAACUAAUGUAGUCGGGUUUCUGAGCCAAGAGCCCAGCUCCUGCGGGGAACUGCAGGAGAUUGUGGCAAGUGCAGGUUGCUAAUGACCCAAGCGCAACUCAGGUGAAAAAUUGCACUCCCUGGAUGUCCCCCUUCUAUGCAGGUAUUAAAACUUCCAGAACUGGUUCUCCCUUAAUAAUGCAUCUAGUCACUUGUUCUCUCAGGGUAUCUGAAUGUUCCAUGCAGAAAGCAAGGCUCUGCUGUGAAGUGGCAUUUAAUUGAGUGGAGAUCUGUGACACUGCUGAGACCCUUGUCUCACUGCCGACUCACAAGUCUCCUUCUCCCUCCUUGGUUUUGUAAGUAGCUGCAUAGGAGAGACUAGCACAGCACAGGGCUAUUUUAGCUUUCAGCUGCAAGCAUGCAUGUAUGGUCAAUCAGCAUCAGGGAUCAACUUCUUUGAGCAUCUCCCAUGCUCCUUCCUUGCAGACCACCCACUGCUAACUCCCAGAGCCCCCUAACCGUGUCCUCCUUAAUAAAUUUUAUUUACUUUGCAACAUUUACACGCUGCUUGACUGUAAUAAAACCUCCAAGCGGUUUGCAAAAAUAAAUUAAAAACAUCAAGAUGAUCAAAACAUGUAUUUAAGGACAUUCCAAAGCCAAAACAUGUAUUUAAGGACAUUCCAAAGCCGAUUUGAAUCAAGCAAAAAUAGAUUAAAACACAUGUCACCACCCUAGAUAUCUGGAUAGGCUUGCCUGAACAAACACAAGCAAGUGCUGAAAAGACGCCAGCAAAGGUACCUGCCUGAUGUCAAUAGGCAGGGAGUCCCAAUGUGUCGGUGAUGCAAUGCUAAAAAAUCAACUUCUCACAAGUGCAGAAGGAGUAUGGCACCUGUAAGAGUAGCAGUUUCACAGAUUGCAGUGGGCAUACACGGGGUAAGGUGAUUCUGCAAGUGAACUCCUUGCAUGGGGCAUGUUUGACCAUCCAUCCAAAUGUUGUUGGGACUCCAUCUCUCGCCUACCUGACCCUUGGCUAUAUGCUGGUGUGAGUUGGGAGUGCAACAACCUCUCUGUGUUACCUCUUUCCCUCUCCAAGUGAGGUAGUGGCAGCAGGGACAAAGGAAAGGAGUACCAGGUUCUGCUUGCCUCACCCUCUCCUUUGGAAGCAGAGAGGGAGAGGAGAGCAAGGGUGUGGGUGGCAGCAGCAGCAGUAGCGGCAAAGAGGAAGAGGUAGCCCCCUUGAAGGAAUCAUGUCCGAAGGACUGGAGCCAACGCUGACCUGCCUGCCCCAUAAAAGCUGUUUCAAUGCCCACAGUUAGUGAUAGGCCUCUUUGAGUUUCUGGUAGUGGGAGGAAACAAUUGUGGGAUUAUUCCAGUUGUCCCAAUGGAGCCGUGAUGAUGUGAGUUUUCAUUGAUGGUAGGGCGCAAGUCAAUGUCUCUUCGGUGGAGGCUAGUCCAUUAGAGUCAGUGAGGCACUCCCCCAUCGACAUAUUCUCCCUUCAGCCAGCCUCCCUGCCUGCCUUCUUCCUUACAACCAUUCCAUGGGGGUAGCACUCUGUGUUGGCCUUGUAAACUCAGGAGGGAGGAGGGUGUGAGAAAGACUUCUCAUUGGCUUUGGUGCCACCUGCUGCUGUUCUCUGUGCCUUCUGGCUUACCUGUCCCAGUGGGCACCGCUGAAUAUCUUGGAGGUGUCUCAGCAUCAUUAUUAUUACUAUUAUUUAUUAAAUUUGUAUACUACCUUUCGUUUGCAGAUCUCAGGGCACAGCAAGGAUCUGGGGCAGUCAGCAUGGUGCAUUCCAAAUAAAUAAAACUUCCAUCAUUUCUUGCUAUUAGCCACAUUGCGGGGGUGGAGGUGGCUGAUGGGAGUUGUAGUUCCCAACAACCGAUGGAGGGCACUACCUUGGCUACCUUGAGAGUGAUCAUCACGGGAAAUUGGAAGGUGCAACUCACCUUACUUGGAGCCAAAAGGCACAUUCUGUAGACUCUUACAUUCCUUUGGUCUUUGCUCUUUCUGAAAAUGGCUUGGAGGCAAACUGUGGAUAGCACAGGGUGUCAUCCAACUCUAUAGAUGAAUAGUGGCGUUUGCUGAAAGUUUUGCAAGAGGUGCAAAGACCAGGCGACCAAGGAAGGUGCUGGGGUUCUUGCAUGGUUUUCUCUUUUUUACCAGCUGUGCAAGAAGAGGAAAUUUUGGCGUGCGGGCAGUUUGCCCUGCAGGGUGAUGAGAAGCUGCCCUAACUAAAAUUCUUCUGCACACCUUUCAAAGGUACAAGGGCCCUGUCCUCUUAUAGCAAGUGAGACCAUUGGUUCGUUUAGCUCGGUUUUGUCUACUGAGCAGUGACUUCAGAGUUUCAGGAAGGGGACAUCCCUAGCCCUACCUGGAGAUGCCAGGGAUUGAACUUGGGACCUUCUGCAUGCAAGGCAGAUGUUCUUCCACUGAGCUAUGGCCCUUCCCCCAUGCUUGCAAAGAAGUCCUGCAGCUCUCUCUGAUGCCCGUUUUACCUCACUCUGAUUUGAAUGGGGUUUGCUUCCAAGUGCCUGCACGGAAUUGCAGCCUCGUGGAUGCCCAUAACUGCCCACGGUCCUGCAGAUGGGAAAGUGGGAAUAACUUUCGUUAACGCUUUCCCUCGCAGUGAUUUGCUUAUUCUGGGGGUUACUGUUUGAGGCCCCAUCUGUAGUGUGGCUGAAACAGAUUGAGAGAGAUUUUGAAACAGCCGGUGCGCUCCCUACAUACGCGCGCGCACAAACACACACACACACCACCCCCCAUGCCUCUUGCUGUCCGAUAAAGCAUGCCAGGAUUCAGAGGAGUCAAGUAAAGCGUCUGAUUUGUGAGCAUCUUUCCUUUUGCCACGAUAAAAAUAACUCGACUUGUCGAAACCUGCCAGAAAUCUGGAGAGCAAAGUCCCGCUUCCUGAUUGGCUACAGUACCAGUCCCUCACUGCUAGGCAAAGCUCUGUAGUCAGAAUCCCGUAUCCAUGGCAAUAGGCCCCGUCAGCUUUUGAACUUUUCCACCGUGGAAAGGUAAUUGGUUAACUUGUAUGUUCGCAUGAGCAGAAAAGACUCACGCUGACUUGGACACCUAUCCAUUGCUUGUUGACAAGUCAGCUCCAAGUGAGUGGGUGUCACCUGCUUACCGUUGCCUUCCAGUUCCGAAUUCCUUCCUGUCCUGUGUGUGCCGACUCGAAAGUAAGCCCUGUGGGAACAGGCUGAUUGGCAGAUUUCUUAGAUACAUCUCAUCAGUGUGAUUUGUUAAAGGAUAUUUGGAGAGUUGGGGGCAGCGCAGUUAGACCUCUUCAGACCCCUCCUGCUCGCACAUUUUCAGGUCAGAGCAAGAGCUUAUCUGGGCAUCACUGAGAGGCAGUAUGGUAUAGUGGUUAGAGUUUUGCCCUAGGACCUGGGAGAUCAGGGUUCAAAUCUCCGCUCAGUCACGAAGCUGUCACUGGUUAGCCUUCGUCCAGUCGUCCAGUCUCCGCCUCGCCUUUUAGGGUUGUUGUGGGGAUUAAAUGGGGAGGGGGAAGAGAGCUACAUACAGCAUCUUGAGCCCCUUGGAGGAAAGGUGGGAUAUAAAUGUAAUAAAGAAAGAAAUGAAAUGUGGUUGCAUUCAAGGGUCGGCAAUACAUUCUCUCAUAUUUAACCCUAUGCCCAGAAUAUCCUUCACCUAACUAGGGUUGCUGUGUGGCUGAUGUGCAAAUUUCCACAUAUCAACAAAACUAUUCAUCAAACAGAGAAGAAAGGCAGCAGGGUCUUGGAGAGGAGAACACACAAAGGCUGUGUUGUUCCCUGGCAACUGGUAUUUAGAGAGAUGGAGCCUCAGGUGGUAGAGACUUCAUACAGCCGUGGUGACCAGAGGCCUUAAUCUCCAGUGAAUUUAUCUUAAAGGUAAAGGGACCCCUGACCAUUAGGUGCAGUUGUGGCCGACUCUGGGAUUGCGGCGCUCAUCUCGCUUUAUUGGCUGAGGGAGCUGGUGUACAGCUUCCGGGUCAUGUGACCAGUAUGACUAAGCCACUUCUGGCGAACCAGAGCAGCACACGGAAACGCCGUUUACCUUCCCGACGGAGCAGUACCUAUUUAUCUACUUGCACUUUGACGUGCUUUCAAACUACUAGGUUGGCAAGAGCAGGGACCGAGCAACGGGAGCUCACCCCGUUGCGGGGAUUCGAACCGCCGACCUUCUGAUGGGCAAGUCCUAGGCUCUGCGGUUUAACCCACAGCGCCACCUGCGUCCCUGAAUUUAUCUCACCCCCUUUUAAAAGCUGUUAGGCUGAGAGGCAAUGGCUGGUCCCAAAUCACCCAAUGAGCUUCAUGGCUAAGUGGGGAUUUUGGCCCUGGUCUCCCAGGUCCUGGUAAAACGCUCUUUAACAUAUGGCUAAAAAACCAAACCCUCAGGCAUCUGAGGUUUGAUUAGAACAAGGACCUGUGCCCUAGUUGUCAAACUACAACUCCCAUCAGCCCCCGUCAGCAUGGUGGUUGGGAAUGAUGGGAGUAAGAAUCCAACAACAGCUGGAGGGCCCUAACAAAAAUGCAGCUUCCUCAGAAACUGACCUCUUUUAUUGCUUUCCCCAAACUAGAUCCAAACCUUGCUUCCUUUCGUAUGUAAAAUUAUCAUAACAUAUUUUUAUGACUGGGAGAGAAACUUGCCAGUAUAAAUCCUCUUUUGAAUCUCGUUCUAUUGGCAUGCUGAAGCAUAAUCUCUGAUGGGGGAGUGAAAAGAAUUCUCUAGGUAGAUUUCAUAAAACAAAGCUACGGAUUUGCUAUUAAUAAGCUGUGACUCAUGUUUUUUUUUCUAGCUCAUUUUUUCUUUUUAAAAAAUUGAGUGUCAGCAAGUGGAUGUGGGGCGAGGGAGGGGGCUGCCAUGAAGAGAUGGCAUUCCAUGGUAAUAGGAUUUAGGAUUAAUGUAUGUCAUGGUAGAUGGAAGGAAUGUGGGUGGGGGAGUUUAACCAUUCAUUCUUUCCCAUCAUCCCCCAUCUAUUCUAGUAUAGGAGUUGCAAGUUUUAACUAAAGGAAGCCAUUGUUAGGACCAAUGAGGCUAGAUGUUAAGCAAGAAAUCUGUAACUCUGAAAGCAAGGGGGGAACCACGUAUGCCACCUUGAGCUCUUUGGAGAAAAGGUGGGAUAUAAAUGAAAUAAAUGAAGUGUUUGUAACUGAACUAUGAGUUGGUUAUCUUAAAAAUGAUUUCAUUGUUUACGUGUUGCUUUUCGCAGGAUUCUUUGUAUGAGAACCUGGGUUGAAGGGUGGUCAGAAAAUAUAAUUUAGGAUUAUAAUUAAAAAUGGGUACAGAGUGGAAGACCGACAAGGGUUUGGAAGCAGACAUGAAAAGCCUGAGCCUGCAGAUUGCACCAGCCCUAAGCUGAAAUGGAGAAGUGUUGUGUGGGCUUUAAUUAGAUUCGGUCAUGCUUGAUGCGAAGUCGUAUUGGGUUUCACCAAAGGCUACAGGAACUUUUGGCCACACUUGGAAGGGAAGGUUACACUGACGUAGCUGGGAUCAUAGUUCCUCUUGCAGCUAAGCUGCAUUUGUGGCUGUGUGUGUGUGUGUGUGUGUGUAAAGUUUCUUGCUUGGAAGCUUUUUGAAAAUUGUUUUAAAUAUGACAAGUGGGCCCUUUUAAGGAAGGGUAAUAGAAAUAAUUUGCUCUUGGCUGUAUAACUGCUUUGCCCCAUAAUUCACUGCUGCUGCUUAUCAUGGUCAACUUAAAGGAAACAGCUGUCAAAAAAGAGAGACAGUGUGGUUUAGCAGUUAAGAAUGUUGCACUUGGCAGAUCAGGGUUUAAAUCCCCUCUUGGCUACGAAGCUCACCGAGUGAUCUUGAGACAGUCAUGAGGGCUGCCACUCAGUGGUAGAGCAUCUGCAGUGUGUUUAGAAAGUCCCAGGUUGAACCCCUGGCAUCUCAGGUGGGGCGGAGAAUGUCCCUGGUCUGAAAUCCUGGAGAGCUUCUACCACUCAGUUUAGCCAAUGCUGAGCUAGAUGGACCAGUGGUCUCACUCGGUAUUAGGCAGCAUGUUGGGGUAGCCAACAUGAUGUCUUCUAAACGUUGUUGGACAACAGUUCCCAUCAUCUCUCCCCGUUGGUAAUGCUGUCGGAGACUGAUGGGAGCUGGGAGCUGGGAGCUGGAGGGCACUUUUUUGGUUUCCCGUCUCUUAGCCUAGCCUAGCCUAGCCUGUGAGGGUUGUUGUUGUUAAAAUUUGUAUACUGCCCUAUACUCAAAGGUCUCAGGGCAGUUACAACAUAAAAUCACAAUAUAAAAACACAAAAUGCAUAAUCGAAACAAAAACAACCCACUAAGAUACAAGGGGCUGGGAAAGAGAACUAUGCCUGGCACUGUCAGCUCCCUGGAGGAAAGUUGGGAUAUUGGUGUAGUAAUAAAGCAAUAGAUAAAAUAAAAGCAGGUCUAUAUGACUUAGCCUGUGUGAAGCAGAUAACUUUUCAAAAGUUUGCAAAUUGUAUUAGAGACCCAUCCAGUUUUCAGUGAUGGGAAGUUUCCACACUUUGAAGUGUUUUGAAUCCUUUUCUUCUUCUUUUUUGCAAUAGAGGUUGCCAGCUUUUGGGUGGCCCUAAACACCACUCUGUCCGACCCUUGGAACUGUCCCAGGCCAUGCCCCUCACUGGCCCUGCUUCCCAGCCUCUUUGAGUGCUUUUGCUUGUCUGGAAUGUGUCCUUGAACUCUGAUAACACCUCUUGCUUGCCUGGAGGGAGGGUAGAGAGGGGUGUGUGCAUUCAUUGCUCCACCCCCUUUUGCCUUUGGCCCCACCCAACACUUGCAUGUGGCCCCUGAGAGUCUGCUCCAGGAGGGAAUGAGGCCCUUGGUCUGGAAAUGGCUCCCUACUCCUGAUGUAAGGGGAGUCAGGUCACCGACAGUUUCUGAUCUUCUCGUGUUCAACCGAAAGCCUUCGUCUCCCAAAGGCCAGCUGACUUAUUGAGCAUGGAGUGCAGUGGCAGAAAUGUAAUCCAACAUUUAUGGGUUUAAUAAAAGUUGAAUAAGCUUCCAUGCGCUGCAGCCUUAUCUGUGCUCCAGCAUGCAGAGACUCUUGGCAGUUCCGCCACUGGCAGGUCAGCAUUGAUACAUAAAACAGGCGAGUUUGGCGAGAGCUCAUUCCGCAUGUGUUGUGCAUGCAGGCAGCUCUUCUGAGUUCGGUACAUUCAGUGCAAUCUCCUCCAGAUAGCUGGGUACUCUUCCAUCAUGUUGCCACAGCUGUAAUAAGCAGCAGCUUUAAAAAUAUUUCUGUAUUUAUAGCUGAUAAUAGAAUUCACAGUGUCUUGAUAAUGAAACUGAUGGUGGUGGUGGUGAUUUGUACAGCACCUAACAUCUUAGAAACACGGCACAGAUGUCUUCCAGACUACAGCAGUCCCUGCCAGCCUGGGGGCUCACAGUCGGAUAGACCGGAUACUAAAGGGGGAAAGUAAGCAAAAAUUCAAGCACUAAAGUUCCAAAAAAUUAUGUGAUUGUUUUUCUCAUGGUUGGCUGGAAUGGCUGCUGACCAAACAGCAGUUGGUGCCUGGUGGGCUGAUGGUUUGGGCCUCAGUUAAGAGAUAUUAUUAUUAUUUUUCCCAUUAAGUGGCAUAUGCAUUUUAUGAAUACAGUGGUACCUUGGGUUACAAACACCUCAGGUUACAAACACUUCAGGUUACAGACUCUGCUAACCCUGAAGUAGUACCUUGGGUUAAGAACUUUACCUCAGGAUGAGAACAGAAAUUGUGUGGCGGUGGCGCAGCGGUAGCGGGAGGCCCCAUUAGCUAAAGUGGUACCUCAGAUUAAGAACGGUUUCAGGUUAAGAACAGACCUCCGGAACGAAUUAAGUACAUAACAAGAGGUACCACUGACAUGAAAUCAAAUCAAACCAUGAUAUCUAAAUAAAACUUCCAUGUUCAGAGGCAGUAUAGCACAGUGAGUAUCAGAUACCAGAGGAUUCCAUCUCUGAAGCCUUUGUUAUAUCUAGGCUUGCGUAUAUUUGUGUGUGUGUGUGUGUGUGUGUGUGUGUGUGUGUGUGUGUGUCUGUGUGUGUCUGUGUGUGUGUGUGUGUGUGUGUGUCUUUACAGUUUUACUAAUAGUGGGGGCUGUAGCAUACAGGACCACAGGCAAAAUGUGGGGCAAAGACUCCAGAAAUCAACAGGCCGUUGGGUAUCUAUACAACCCCAGACCACAUAGUGCUCCACUUCCUGUUUUUUGUUUUCUCUUGCAGCCUGCUCCAAAGUGGCAAUGCAGGAUUCAUACUUGCCUGAAAAUUCAGCCUGUUCCUUUUUUGCUGUUUUGCAGGAGAAUGCAAAGAAUUGGAGUCAUGUGACAAGUGCAUUGAAGGAGAUGCUACUCUGAACAUCACGAACUGCGUGUGGAUGCACUGCCGAGAGUCUGAGGAGAAGCCAGGUAAGCUGAGGCAGGUGGUGGGGGAUGCUUGCCAAAAACUCAGUUCAUAUGCCUUACAAAGAAUGGCCCAAUUCUACAUGUUCUCUGCAAAGUGGAACAUAUUUGCCUAAAGUAAUUCCAUUUCCCUGCCUUAUCCUCCCAGUGCUUUGAGUUUUUGUAAUGGCUUCCCUCUUCUCCCCCAGAUGGUCGAAGAAUUCCGACAUGGUGUGCAUGCUACGUAAUGCUGCCAGGUCCAAUGAUUUGCUCACCUAGCUCAGUAUUGUCUGCUCUGACUUACCAUCACCUGCCACCUCUUUUCAGUGGAUGAUGCAUGUGCUCUGCCAUUGCGCUGUGGUUACUUCUUCAGCUCAGUAUUGUCUACUCUGACUGGCAGCAGCUCUCCAGGGUCCCAGGAAGAGAAGAAAUGGUUUGGGAGUAAGGGGCAGGCAGUUGGAGAGCUAGAGAGGAUGGGUGGAGGUCAUCAGGGAGGAGCAGGAGCUGCGUCAAGCUCUUCCAGCACCUGAACGUCUCUUCAUACAUGGAGUGGAGAUGCUGUGUACGUCUCCAAAAGUGAAAAUCGAAGUUGUUGAGUGCCCCCCAAAUCGUUUUGGGACUUUUCUUUGGUUUCUAAAGUUUUUUGUAAAAAAAACUAGCCCAACUUCCCAUACAUCCGGGUUUUCCAGGACAUUUUGCCGAUUCAGCAAAAAUCCACCUGGACGCCAUUUUGCAGAGCGAUUCCCAGACAUGUCUGGGAGAACCCAGACGUCUGGCAGCCCUAAAUAUGUACAUCUCAUGCAUCACUGAAACCAAGACAAUGUAAUUUCUAGGUGGUCACCCAUCCAGGCACUGACCAGACCCAAACCUGCUUAGCUGGUGGCUUUGUGGACCUUCAGACCAUACCCUAGGACCAGGCCUUGCAUGCAGGAGGUCUCAAGGUUCAAUCCCUACCAUCUCUUGUUAAAAGGAUUCGGCACCAACCAGAUGAUGGGAAAGACCCUUUUCUGAGACUUGAAUAGAUAAUACUGGACUAGAUGGAGAAAUAGCCUGACCACUUCCCUUUGUUCCUCUGAGCAGUCUGCAAGGGCCACCCCACCUUACACAUUACCAAGAUGUUAGGAAGCCACAAAAUGGUGCAUCCAGCCCUUUUCUGUCUUCUCUGGCUGGUUCUGGCUCUCCAAUGGGGCCACCGGCCCAUUCUCACUGAAGGUGCCAGAAUCUCUGGCGCAUAUGCCUUGUGCUUCAUCAGUUGCCACCUUCUCCAAGGACCACUCAGUUCCUGACUUGCUGGAUGUGCAAGAGGCAAUAUGCCUCUGAAUAAAAGUCACUGGGAAUCACAAGUAGGGAAAGGAUGCCUUAGGCCUGAUCCGGCAUCCUUUACAUGGCCUUCUGCCUUCUGCUUGUCUUGCUUGAAAGCAAAAAGCAAAGGACCUUGCUACUUUAAGGCCCUGGCUGAUACUUGGAAAUCCCUCCUUCCAUUUGCUGGGAGUUUGUGGCUACCCCUCUGAGUGGAAUCGCCUCAAGCUCUGCAUCUGUGUCGGUUUGUGUACUUCGUUUGUUGCCAUGACUGCCAUCCCCAGGGGGAUAGAUAGAUGGGAGCCACAAAGAUACAGCCUUCUGCUCUCUGCUGGUUCAGAAACAAACUCCCAUCUCACAACGUUGUCCUGGAAGCUCCUGCCGAAGUGCUUAUCUUCAUAUGGAGAAAGAACAGGGGGUGGUGUCUUGCCCAUUUCCUCGCUGCUACCUGGCCCUUUUGUCCACUUCAUCAGGUGUGCAGACUACCUGGAGCCCUACUUGCUACAGCAGGUGGAAGGAGGGCAAGGUGAAAGAUGUGAACUGGGAUGGGAGAGAUUUGGUUAGGAACAUAGGAACCUGCCUUAUGCCCAAUCAGACCAUUGGUCCAUCCACCUCAACAUUGUCCACACUGACCCGCAGCUGUUCUCCGGGAUCCCAGACUGUGUUCUUUCCCAGACUGAGAUGCUAAGGAAAGAACCCCGGGGCCUUCUGCAUGCAGAGCAGAUGCUCAGCCAUUGAGCUACGGCUGCUUCCCAAUACAAGAAGCUGCCUUACACUGAGUCAGACCUUUGGUCCGUGUAGCUCAAACAGUCCCAGGAAGUAUAGCCAAUGGCGGGGGGGCGGUGCCCCCUGGGUGCCAUCUCUAAGGGGGGUGACAAGCCCCACCUUGCGGGGGGCUUGCCCCGCCGCCCCUGGGCGCAGCAGCGCAAGCUGCUGAAAUCGCACAGCCGUCGCGUGCGGAGGAUUCUCUGCUUGUGACUGCAGCAGCGGUGGAGGGAUCCCACUGCUGUCCGUAUGGUGCUUGAGCAGUGACGUCGGCAAACUGCCCCACGGCGCAUGCGCAGUGCCGCUAUAUACUGUGCAUGCUACGUACGGCGCAUGCACUUGCGCAGUACGUAGCGGCGGUGCGCAUGCGUCACAUGUACGCCACAAGCACAUGUGCCACCAGGCUGUUUGCCCUGCACCCCCCACUGGGUGCUGGUUAGCCUUCCUUCACCCCUGUCUGCAGGGCCAAAGAUUCCCCACCCCUGAUCUCAGGUGAAGGUGUCUUGGAUAGCAGUUGCAUCUCCCACCCAGCAAACUCUAGAGUGGAUCCUUCUUUCAGGAAAGGUUUGGGUUGUCAAGAUUUCCUCUGGUGCUAAUUCCCCACUCCACAUUCUUCACUAUCUAGUUAAUACAAGUUACAGGUAGGUAGCUGUGUUGGUCUGCCGUAGUUGAAACAAAAUAAAAAAAAUUCCUUCCAGUAGCACCUUAGAGACCAACUAAGUUUGUUAUUGGUAUGAGCUUUCGUGUAUCUGAAGAAGUGUGCAUGCACACGAAAGCUCAUACCAAUAACAAACUUAGUUCGUCUCUAAGGCGCUACUAGUUAAUACAACUGUGUAUCCCUGUAUAGGGAAGUUUUUAAUGUUUGAUGUUUUAUCAUACUUUUAUAUUUGUUGGAAGCCGCCCAGAGUGGCUGGAGCAAUCCAGUCAGGUGGGAAGAUGAUGAUGUUGUUGUUGUUGUUGUUGUUGUUGUAUUUACUUACUUACUUACUUACUCACUCACUCACUCACUCACUCCUGUGUUAAAUCAUGCUUGCUGUUGAUUGCAGCAUCCCUUUCCAGGUAUGCUUCCCUCUUGCCAUCACAAUUGUAUGGUGAGGAGGGCAGCAGGGUGAUGCCUACUUAGCACCCCACCUACGCACUCUGGUUGCGUAGCCCUGUAUAAAAGAGUGGGGGAAAUGUGUGUUUGGGGGAGAGGGAGACAUGCAGGAUUUUCAGUGUGACUUGGUUUCUCUCCUCUAUCCUCAGGUUCUGGUAGCUGUGUUGUAAAGGGAGAGCCGGCCAAGGAGAAGUGUCACUUUUACAAUGUCACUUCCAGGUGUGAAGGUAAUGCUUUUCUGCCCAACCACUGAUCACCAUGCUGUCUGUUAGGCCUCAUCAUCUGCCUCAGGACCUUUGCCUCUGCCUGUUCAUUCUGGAACCUGAUCACCAGGACCUCCUCAAACAUUUUUCUUGCUUAUGACUCUUGAUACAGAAGCAAGAAGGAACUAGGGAGACGUUCUGUUCUGGGUGGGGUGGCACUUCCUCCCUGAAGGAUCAGAAAAGUAGCUAGGGGGAGGAGACUCCCUGAUCUGGAGGGCCACAGGUUCUUUAUCUCUGACAUAGAGGACACUUUCACAUGACCAGCUGGAGGAGUCCUCUUCAAACCAUUUGCCCAUCUGAUCCAAUACAGGCUGCCCUUCCUGGCAGCAAUUUUUCCUGAGUUAUCAGGCAUCUUUAUGGGAUUUCUUGCCAUAAGGUACAUAAGGGUUCAUUCUUAGCUAUUGAUGUUAACAGCUGUUUAUGUCUAUUUAUUCAUGUUCUACAGCUGUCUAAAUAAAAACAGCACUAAAUAAAUAAAUAAAUAAAUAGUUAAAUCACAAAAAGCAGAUGCAUUUAAAAUAAAACUGAAACAAUACAAAAUAUUCGCUCGUGGCAAAUAUCCAUUUAUCCAGCUAUGAAAGCUUGCCCUACCAUGUUCAGUAGUUUCCAGAAAGUGCAGACAUUGGGAGCCGUUUGUAUCUUGACACAGACAAGAUGGUCUCCAUUAAGAUCUAGCUCUGUCCUGUGGGGCAGUAGAUAACAAAUCUUUGUCUUCUUCCCUUCAGGUAUUUGAAUGACUACUUUUUUAUUAGUUUGCUCUAAUUAUUCUACUUUAUAUAAAUGUAGUGUGGCUUUUCUUGUCACUGAGUGUGCAUAACCCUGAGUGUGCUUCUCUAAUGUGAUGAUCUGCUUGGAUAAUGCAAUGUGUGGUAGGGAAAUUUUCUUGUAGGAAAGAGGUGUGGGUUGACCUCCCCCCCCACCCCCCCUGCUAAUGAUGGUUCUUUUCUUAGCAUCCGAAGCAACCACCAAGCAACCUCCACAGCCAACCACCAAAGAGCCUCCAAAACCAGCCACUAAGGAGCAUGAGAUCAUCACACUUGGUAAGUGUGAUUCCCCUUAUCUUUUGCGCAUUGGAGAAGGGGAGGGUUUGAAUGUUGGUGAGCUAGUGCUAGAGCAUCUCCAAGUGGGGAAUGCAGAGUGGCUUCUUGGUGGUCAUAUGUGCUCCAGGUGCUGUUUUCCUUAGCAAGCCCUUCUGUUGUGGUAAACACUUGUCACUCGGGGAACAGGACCACAGCUUACCUUGAGACGUGAGAGCAAACAUGGCUAAUUGCAUCGCCACCUUACCUAAGUAGAACUAGGAUCUUCCUAUUUUCCUAAACCCAGAGUCUCAGUGUGAUUGUAUCCAGGGCAAAGUGUGCUUCUCCAACAAUUUGGACGUUUAGAAGACAUCUGAAGGCAGCCCUGUUUAGGAAAGGUUUUAGUAUUUGAUUAAUUAUUGUAUUUUAAUACUUUGUUGGAGUGGCUGAGGAAACUACUACUACUACUACUAUUAUUAUUAUUAUUAUUAUUAGGAUUCAGUUCAGAUUCUGCUUAGAAUUUAGCUCCAAAUCUUCCCACCCACAAGCCCACAACAUGUUCCCAAUCCUACAUGGAGAGUCAUUCAGACCUCACCUUUGAAAAAUGACUGUGCUUUUAGCAGCAAUUUAGAAGAGAGCAAGACUUCCCACCACUAUUUCAGGUGAAAAUUAAGGGGCUUUAAUAAAAUAAAACAGAUCCUUUUGCUAUUGCCAAGAGGCCUGGCAACUCUUGCUGUACACCGUCGCUGGUUUGGAUGAGAAAGCUUAACAAGGCAGGCCAAAGGAACGGAAAGGGAAAAGCUAGCUAAUAAAGAAGUGAAGGAGAGAUGGAUGUAUGUGUUCUCAGGGAGAAUGAAUCUUCCUGCCGAAAAGAAGAGCAAGAAUUGAAGAGCUUUGGGCUAAUUAAAGUGAGUAACUCUAUCCUGAAUCCUUGUGAAUUAUUGAUCCAGCGCAGGCUCCUGACAGGAAGUUGUAUGCACUCAUUUUUCUCUGCGUGAGCGAGGGCUCCUGUUUUUCGGCUUCCACAUCAGCCUUGCCCACACUGUGUUUAACUGCUUCCUCUGUUUCCUUGCAAAGUGCACCCCUUCAGUAGCAACGCUGCAGCAUUGCGUGGCUGCUUUUGUGAUGGAGAUGUGAAACACUUGGCUGGGUGGUGAAUGCACAGUCCGUGGAACGAAGGUUUAAGUUCUAGCAGCUAAGUCUUUGCAAUACGACCUGUACAUGAGCUGACUAGCGUGGGAUGGUGAAAGACAAAAAAAGAAGACGCUUGCAACAAAAUGAUGCUUUUCGAUCCUUACAUCUUGUAAAGUGAGGGGUAAGGUUGGCCAGGAGGUGCCAUUUCAGACACUGCCCGCCUCAGCCACCUAAUCUCUUUCAUCAUCAGGAAAGCCUGAAUUGUUCCUUAAGGGGAUUUUUGACUGUGACCCAUUAACAUUGCUAGGGAGAGGUUUUGGCGAAGGCAGGAAAUUUAGGCUGCAGAGGCUGUUGGAAUUUCUGUGCGACAGAUAAUCAUAAGACUUGCAGGGGACUUACAGGUACCCCCUGUAUGCUGCAGGAAAUUCUGGAGAUAACCAAGAGUACGUACCACUCUGGCAAGACAAUGCGCAGGCAGGUAGAGUCUCAGCUGGCAUACCAGAUGGAGCUGGUAGACAACCACCUUGGAUACAGAAUUAACCUGGACCUCCAUGGACAGCUGUGAGUCCAAAAUGACUCCCAGGCUGCACACCUGGUCCUUCAGGGGCACAGUUGCUCCAUUCAGGACCAGGGAGUCCCCCAUACCUGCCAGCCUCCUGCCCCCCCCAAAGUACUUAUUUCUUGUCAGGAUUCAGCCUUAAUCCAUUAGCCGCCAUCCAUCCUCCAACUGCCUCCAGAUAGUAAUAGUAAUACCUUGAGCUUGGCAAAUCAACAACUAGCACAGAUCUCUGAGCAGAGGUGUUAUAUGGUCUGUGGCCAAGCCUCCAUACAGGUCUUCAUCAGCUCAAACUUCAGAGCUCUCUUUAAAGUUAGUACAGUACUGAUACCUUACUCCGGGACUGCUCUCCAUUGUGCACACAGGUCCAUCUUCACUGUGUUGGAGGGGCUGCUGUGUAGUUGGUACAUAGAAGCACAUGUGGGACUGCUCAGAGGUGGCUGAAUUUUUGAAUAAGUUGUUAGCUGGGGUUUUUUUUUAUGACGGAACUAAUCAUUACUCCAUCUUUGGAGCCUGUAUCUGAAAAAAAAAAUCUUGUUGUAAUUUUGUGUAUUGUAUACAGCCUUGUAGCAUUUUUAUGAAACGUGCAGCCUAUAAAUGCUUAAAUAUUAUUGUAUAAGCGAUUCAAUACAAAAUACACGCUUCCCCCUCCCCCCCCAAAAAAAUCCCCCACUCAAUCUGGAGGGGCCAGUAAUAGUGAGUUAAUGGACUGGUGGGAAAGUAAAGAAUAUGAUCUCUCAGUUGUAAACUCUUUCAAGAACAUGCAAGUCAAACUAGCAUUGCCUACACUGAUUGGCAGUGGCUCUCUAGUAUUUUUGUGCAGGGGUGUCUUCUGCGUAUAAAGCAGAUACUCUUCCCACAUUGAGCUGCAGCCUUCUCCCUUUUUGCCAGGUACCUUCACAACCCCCUUGCUCUGUUUCCCCCUAGGUACAACGGCCAGCCCUCCGCUAACUGACUCCCCGGAGUUCCACCCGCCAGGAUUUGACUCUGCCAGCUUCAUCGGGGGAAUCAUCCUGGUGCUCAGCCUCCAAGCCGUUGUAUUUUUCGUGGUGAAAUUCCUCAAGGCAAAGGACAGCACCUAUCAGACACUGUAAGUUCCCUAUAAGCAGCUGGGAGCAGGGGUUUUUUGGGGGGGGGGAAUGUGCUGUCCUCUGAGAAGCAGAGAGGUAGAUGGUCUGUCUGUAAGAACAUUCUGAUCUUCAUUUUGGGGUAGUUUCCAAAGCAAUUGCUUUGUUUAGUCUGUGGCAUCUUCAAAGACUGGCAGCUUUAUUAUGGCACAUGGUGCACAAAAGCACCUGCCAUAAUAUGUUUGAUGGUCUUUAAGAUGCCUCAGGGCCUUUUGUUUUUUUUCAUUUGGUGCCCAAGCUGUAAUAGUUUAGACCAGGGUCACAUCAACACCUUACAUUUAAAGUGCUCUUUUGUCAUGGCUCCCCCCAAAGAAUCCUGGGAAGUGUAGUUUAUUAAGGGUGCUGAGAGUUGCUAGGAACUAACAGAACUCAUUUUUUGAGUGGUUUUACUCUCAACCGCUCUUGUUAGGGAACUUAGGAAAUUAGAGCUCCUACCUCUAAGCACCUUUAACAAAUGACCGUUCCCAGGAUGCUUUGAGACAUGGAGGAGCCAUGACUGUAAAAGUGGUAGACUGGUGUUUUAAAUUAUGGUGUGGAUGUGGCCCAGACCAGUUAAGAAACUAUAUUCAUUAAAAAAAAUAAGACAAUAGGGUAGUGUUAGUGGGAAAGUUACUGGAACUGACUACUCACAGAUGAAGAACGAGAGCAUCCAGUGGGAUGCAAAGCCUGCCUUCAUGAUGGUCAGCCAUCUUGUAUCACACAAUAACUUACCGUGUGUUUUCAAAAUGGCUGUUCAGGCUGUGAGUUUCAGCUCUCCUGCUGUCCUCAUUUCUCCACCCCACCCCCAGUUUGUCUUCUGUGCAUUUUAGGGGGAUAAAGCAUGGCAGAUCAGCUCUUAUAUCCCUCUAAACACAGAAAAAGAGGGAUCUUAUGCUUGACAACCUUCCUCCCCUCUUCCCCACCUUUGCAUUAUUCCUGUGUCCUUGCAACCAGUUUUUCCCUUCGUUGCUGCUGUGCAAUUCUCACAUACAUGCUACUGACUGUGUUCAAGGACUGGCAGUUCGACAUGCCACUGAGCUCAGUACUCUUUGUGCCGAGGAAGGGGCUGGUCCAGCCUACUCACACCACAUAACUUUUGGUGAAGGCUCAUUUAUUUCCUCAACACAGAUAUUUGCAGUCUUCUCAUAUCCAACCCCAUGACUGGCUGUCUGCAGUUCUGGGUUUCUCUGCCGUCUUCCUCCUUUGUUCUGCUUUCUCUCCCUCUAUCCCCUGGCCGCAAAACUGUGACUCACUUUAAAUAAGGACUCUGGAUCUUUAAGAAGGGCAGCAAAGCAAAGCUUUGAAAUUUUAAUUAUUAUUUAAAAAUCUUUCUCACAUUCAUUGUGGCUGUGUCGUGAUUACGGCUCUCUUUAGAUGUUCCAAAGUGGCAGCAGGUAGUGGCGUUCACAUGUUACAUUCAAUGUCAGCAUACCUGUGAACACAAAUAGUUCAGCUGCACACUCGUACAGUUAUUCACAUGUAACAUUCAACGAGUGUAUAGUCUAUGUACGCAGUAGCUGAGCUGUUUUAUGCAAACACAUGUGCCUGUGUAGAAACAGCUUGUACUUGUGUUUAGUGUAAUGUGUGAACAUGCCUUAAAACACUGAUGUGUGUGUGACAUCAGUGGCUACUUUCACACACCUAGGGUCCCUGUUUUUAUUAUCUUUCUCAUUCCCCUGGGUUGCUAUUUUCAUUGUCCUCCAAUUUAUGGAAGCCAACUGUCUGCAGCAGGGAACGGUUUCUCUCUGAACAUAAGAAUAGCUCUGCUGGAUUACACCAGUGGCCCAUCUAGUCCAGCAUUCUGUCCUCACUGGGGCCAACCAGAAGCCUCAAGGAAGUCUGCAAACAGGGCCUGAGCGCAAGAGAGCCCUCCCCACUUGCGGUUACCAGCCGCUGGUAAUCGGAGGCAUGCUGCCUCCAUCAGUGGAGGUACAACACUUUUGGAAAAGCGUGCUUGAGCUGGGCUCCUUUGGGAGGAAGGGCAGGCUUCAAAAAUUGGUAUAAAAACCAAUUACAAAAAAAGCAAAACACACAGAGAAAAUUUAAUUAUACAAUAAAAAUAAAGGAAAUAAAUAUAGUAAUAGCAUGGCCCUCCAAUCUAGAACUCUCCUAAUCCACAUCAAGGUCUCACACCAGAAUGGGGCCUUGUGCCAUUUUCCUAGCGACACCUUCCCACAAGCUGAUAUUUCCCUGUGAAGUUGGUUCUGUUUACUGUAAGCAGCACUUUCAGAGGGCAAAUAGCUGGAGGGGGAGAGAGUGAAAGUGUUGUCUGUGGCAAACCAACCCCAGACUGAGAGUACAUCUUUGGGACUGAUGUUUUAUCCAUAUAACAAGAGGCCAGUUUGAGCAUACUUUGCUAAAUUGUGAAAGCUAUAACUUGUGGUUUGCCCUACUCAAAGUGGGUUAUACUUUUGUCGGCAGGUGGUGAACAAAAUCCUAGCCAAAUAGCUCUACAUCCCUGCUGUGUGUAACCUUUGGUCAGUGUUAAAGGAAAUUUCAAAUGUUCUGUGAGGGACUCCUCCUUGCAUGCGCCCAACAAUAUUUCUGAGUUUCUCAUCUGUAUCUUCUGCUGCCAUCUCUGUCUCCGACAGAUCCUUUCAGAGAAUCACCAGCUGGGUUCUCCUCCUCUCAAUCUGUCCUUGAUUCUCUUUCUUUCUUUCUUUCUUUCUUUCUUUCUUUCUUUCUUUCUUUCUUUCUUUCUUUCUUUCCUCCCACCCACCUCUCAUAGGAGAGUGUGGGAUCAAAAGAUGUCUUUAAGCCUGCUUCACACAAUGAUGCUUUCUCCUACACAGGUACUCCACUGACAUAGUCAUGUGUGGAUUAUGGCAUGAGCAUCAUCUUUUCCUUCAGUUGUGUGUGUUAGGAAGCCAGUAGGGCUGGGCCUGUUAUGGAGUGAAGUGACUGCCUCAGGUGGCAGGUGCUUGGGGGCUGGCAGUGGGUGAUGACGAGGGGUUGAGAGGCCAGAGCUGUGUCUGCAAUGCAGCCUGGCCUGCACGCCCAGCUAGCCUGCUGUCCUGCGGUACGCUGGACAAGUCACCAGUGUUGACUUCAGUCAAAAGUCCAGUUGGCUUCUGAACGUGGAAUGAGGGUGGUGGUACCAUUUUGGUCUUUGCCUUGGAGGGCAGCAAUGACUGCACACACACACUAUACUCUUAAAGCACAUGACUCUCCCCCCCCCCAAUAAUCCUGCAAACUGUAGUUUGUUAGGGGUGCUGGGAAGUGCAGCUCAGUGAGGGGUAAACUACAGUCCCCAGGAUUCUUUGGGGGAAGCAGUGUGCUUUAAAUGUAUGGUGUGUACACAGCCGCUGUCUUCAGCCUUGAAGUUGGAUAUAUGUAAAGAAAAAUACCUCUGUGUAGAAAAGGGUGCUCAAACUUCCCUCAGCAAAUUUGGCUGGGUCUUAGUUGAAUCUUUUUGCCCCAGUGUUGGAUCUCUUCUCAGUCAAGGCUCAGUUUAAACAGUGGGCCAGCUAGGAACACAUUAUUGGGGGCCAUGGAGGAAGAAUUUGAGGCAAGAUAAGACAGUUGUAUCCCUUUGCCCAAAGCCUUGGACCGUAUUUGCAGCUUUUUAAAUAAUAAAAAAAGCUGUGCGAGCCAAAGCCUGCCAAUGUUCCUUUCCAGCUUUUAAAACAUCCUUGGGCAGCUGGCUCCCUUCCAAAGCCAGUUUGGCAAAAUCACUCCAGAAGCCUUGCUAUUGAGGGCUUAACUUCCUUGAUGAUUGCAGCCAUGCGUGAUCCCCACAUUUGGACUGUGGGUGCGUUUGCUCAUGCUGAUUCCUGCCCUAAAUCGUAAUUGUUCAGGCACCUUGAGAGAGGGGUUUGUUUAGCAUUCCAGCACUGGGGAAAGCUGCCGCUAUUGGGGGUGGCUGGGAUGUCAACCAGACAGUGAUCGCUGCUGUUUUUUGUUUGCAGCAUCCCUCUCACUCUCUUAUUUCUGUUUGUGUAACAAAUUGCUUAGCCCUAGCUUGAUUCUAUUCCCAAUAGAACAUUGGGCUCAUUCGGGCUAUCUUUUGCCCCAUACUUUCCAGGCACAGGCCUGUGCUUUAAAACUUUGUGUCCUGGUGGGUCCCCCCCCCCCCCCGUCGCUUUCCCCAAGAAAACCCACGUUUUACAGCUGAAUCAGAGCAGAUGGCAAUUUGCAGAAAACCGAGCUAUUCAGUGUUGAAAUGCAGGUUUUCUCAGGGAAAGCAUUGGGACAAACAAACAAGCAAACAUUCAGACAUGGGGCUGUAAAGCCCAGAACCGUGCCUAGUAACACAGCACAAAAGGUAGUUUGGAUGAACCCAUUGCUCCUGUCAUUUUUCAGAACUCUCUGAAAGGCAGGUGCAUCUCCCCUCCUGACAAAAAAACAAAUAGUGGUGCAUUUAUGAGGAGGACUGCCCUUGCUGAAAAUUCAGAGUUCUUUAAAGGGAACAGAAGCUCUGCCCUUCUGGGGGUAACCCCCAUCUUAAUCUGGAGCAUAAAGCACAAAUCUCUUAACACCUUAUUCUCUCUUAACUUGCUCCAUGCUGUUUCUCUGUUCUUAACUGUACCCCUGUCCUUGGCUCCAAACUAAAGCUUAUAAUUUUGCCAUAGUUCUAUUAUGUCCAUUCCUCUCCAGACCCCGUUAACCAGAGCACUAAUGCUAGCCAAGGGGAACCUUCUAUUUAUUUGGCAUAUCAGUGACACUCUACCAGAAAUGUGUGUAUUGGGUGUGUUUAAAGGGGCAUUGUGCUUUGAUAUUGUCUCUAACGUCAUGUCCCCGAUUGCCAUCUCCCCACCCCCUUUUUUUUUGUAUCUCCCUUGCACGCUGCCUGUCGUCAGAGAGGACAACCAGCAGUAGGUGUAGCUGUGUGUGAAAGAACAGUGGGAAGUAAUGGGCUGUCUCUGGAACCAGGAAAACCUACCAACCUUCUCUUAGACCCACUCCCUUCGUGGGGCUCUUUCCUCAGAGCCAAGAAAGGCUAUUAUGGGCCUGUUUUUAUGCAUUCAGCAGCAUCAAAUGAUCUUGAUUUUCCUGGACCAUAGAACAUUAGCCUGCCGCAAGGAGCUUGCAUGUUUGAUUGUUCCUCCUUGCACAUAGAAAAGUAGCAUGUCUUCAGAGAAAGCUACCUUGAAAUCCGUGGCCUUUUAGUUUUUCAUGUGCCAGUGAUUAUAUAUAUAUAUAUAUAUAUAUAUAUAUAUAUAUAUAUGCAGGAAUAUUCAGAUGUGCAUCCUUCUCUUCCAUGCUGAAGUGGUACAGGCUAGGGAAAUUGUUAACUAAUGGCUUCUGCUGAAGGCAUAAAACUGUCUCUGGGGAUCCUGCUUCCCUCAUGCCUUUCCCUUUUCCUGCAUUCAGCAGAGGGAUGGAUGGAGAACAGGGACUGCUUUGAACUGAAUACUGUUAACUUUCUGAUUGAUUGUGUGUGUAACGGGAAUGUGCAAACAACCAGCUCUUGUUUGCUUUUGAAACUAUGGGCCUUCCAUAGGGCAGGGAUGAGCAGUGGAGAUGAGCUAUUCAGAGCUGACCAGAGUUUGUCUCUCUCCCUCCUCUGCCCCCCCUUAUUUUUUUGACUAAGAGCAUGACCACAUGAUACAUUUGCCACGAGAGAGCAGCUGAAUCUCAAAGGUUUUUCUACCAACUGGCGGAGAAACCGGGGGACGCAGAAAUUGCACACUGAGUGGCGUAGGAUCUACUUGCUUGCCAGCAUAGCCAAUAAGAAAAGAGAGAUGGGGAGACGGGAGGGGGAAAUUGGGUCAGGAGAUAAAAACGACCAAACAGCAGCUCCACUUUCAUCUGUGUGUGCAAAUUCUAACUCCUCCAGCCCUUUUCCUUAGGCUCAAAACAACGCAUCACGUUAAUUAUGUAGUGUGCAGGUACUUCUUGAGGUUUUUAAAAUGAAUGCCUAGUGCAGGAGGUUGAGGAAGUUGCUACAGAGAAUAUAGGUCGCAGGAACUGUGGUCAAAUCCUUCCCUCUCCCACCACUGGAGGCUGAUCUGUGAGGGCAAAUGGGGCACUGCCCCACUGGCCUCAGUGUGCCCUCAGCCUGGCUCCACCUGCCUGUCUUCGUACUUAACAAGCCGUCCAGGGAGUACCUGAGACUGUCAGCCUCCUGCUUAGUCUCAGUAUCGCCUUGUAGAAAUGAGCAGGGAGGAGGGUUGCAACAAAACUAGUAUCGGUUUGCUCCACCUGUCACUGGCCCUACCUGCUGUUGGUCACCCUACCAGGCUGCUUGCAUGCUAUACCUUUAAAUUUAGGGGAGUGCGAUUGAUUCGGUUCAGUUGAGUUGGGUGCAGAGCUUGGGGGGGCGCAAUGAUUAUUUAGAGGCGUGGGGGCACUACAUUUUGGUGUCUCACAGGGCACGGCUGAAAUUUGAGACCCCAAGGUGUGCUGCUGCUUUAAAGCACAUUUGAAGUGCUUCCCCCCCCCCAAGAAUUCUGGAUGCUGUAGUUGGUUUGUGAGGUUGCUGCAAAUGGUAGCCCUGUGAGGGUUAAACUGCAGUACCCAGAAUUCUUUGAGGAAGUUGAUGUGCUUUGAAUAUGCUGUAUACUGUCCAAGCAGCCCCGUUCCUAACAGGAACCAGUCACCACUAUCACCCACUGAGGCCCCUAUGAAACUCCUCCCCACCACCACCACCCCAGCAACACACACACAAAAAAAAUCUAGGGAAAAGCUCCCAUUGCCCUAGUGAGUUUCCCCUGCUAACUGUUGCACAUGUGUUCAGAAGCAUGCAGACUGCUAGAUCUGUGGGUGAAUUUUGGUAGGCCAGCAAGGAUUUUUGAUUCCCAAUUGUCUUAACAACAGCACCACCUUAAAAGGUCUCCUCACUUAAAAAAAAAGAAAAUAAAAAAGUGUUGCUGAAAUUUGGGGGUGGAGUGGGAACCAACCAGAAGUGGAUUUUUUUCUGUGAAGGAAAUUGUGAGCUCGCUUCUGGUACUGAUCACAUCUGCUCAGACGCAUCUUGUUAAUUCUUAGGCUGGGUACGCAUCACACAUUUAAAGCACAUUCCCCCCACCCCGAAUUCUGGGAACUGUAGUUUACCCCCUCAUAGAACUACAAUUCCCAGCAUAUUUAACUACACUUUGGCUGGGGUGGGUGGGUAGGUAUUGUGCUUUUAAUGCAUGGUAUGUAUGACAACAUUUUGCACCUCAGGUUGGACCUUAGGGGUCUAAGUAAGUAAGUAAGUAAUUAAGUAAAUCAGCCUGAAGUCUGCCCACCCUGGGAUUAGUUUAUUCCUGUAGUGGUGAAACUUUAAGGAGCUCUCACGUGGCAAGUGUAUUAUGUGGGGGUGUCCCAGUACAUCCUGCUCAGAAGCAAGGCCUCUUCUCCCUGUGCUGGUCCUAUGGCUUCCCUGUGGUGUGGCUGAGAAAGUAAAGGAUCGAAAAUAUGAAGCUGUGGAGUCACCAUGGCAACUACUGGAUUCUAUUCCCAGCUGGCUUUCCAUCUCUUUUCCCUUUCCUUUCCCCCCUUGUUUUUUUGUAGCUGUUCAAUUGAGAAAUAGCUGCUCUCAGAGUGGGGGGGAAGCGAAGACUUUGACGCCCUUAGUUAAAAUGUGGUAUUAUUAUGCCCUGUUGCUUUUAGUUCUUUUCUCCUCCCCACCCCAAGAAAAGCUUUAAAAAGUGGCUUAUAUUUAAAAACAAGUACACACCAGGAAAGAAUAAAUCGUGGAUUGUAGUUGGUGGUUUUCCUACUCAGAGUAAUCCUAUUAACAUUUAUGAGCAUGACUAACUCCAUUGGUUUUAAUGGGUCUUCUCUGAGUGUAACCUGGUUGGAUGCAACUCCAUGUUUUUACAUUUAUGGGAACUUGAUUACAUUAACAGUGGGCUCAUGAGCCUUAUUUCCUUGUACAUACUAAGAGGGGCUUUUAAAGUUUUUAUUUAUUUAAAUAAUUCCUAUACCGCUUCACAUUUGCAAAGGAAACAAUCUCUUAGCAGUUUUGUAACCUGCCUUAAAUAAUCAAGUAGAACCUUACAAACUAUCAAGCAGUACAAAAGAGAAUCAGACACAAUUACAAUGCUGAUCCACAUUUAAAGAAGCAUAAUAACAAGAAAACAAAAUAUUAUCCUAAACAUUUAAAAAAACUUUACACAUUAAAAAAAAACAAAUACAAAAAUAAGUGCCUCCAGGUGAUUAGCUGGGUGUAACAUCCUGAUUUUUGGAAAGUUCUUCCCAUGCUCCCUUUUGCACCUUCAAAUCUUAUGCCUUGCUGUGGCAUAAAUUGAUAGCCUAAUUAGCCAUCAUUUGUAAGCCACCACACAAGCUCAUUCAUAGGCGGAAGUGGAUUGUUUAGGUUGCAAUCCUUGGUAUACUUAAGUGCUAUCUGCACCAUAGAUUUGAAGCACCAUCACACCACUAUAAAUGGUCGUGGCUUCCUCUGACAAUACAGUUCCCAUAGUGGUUUAACAAUCAACCCCUCUUCCCAGGGAACUCUGGUAAUUGUAGUUCUGUGAGGGGAAGAGUGGGUCUCCUAACAACUCUCAGCUCCCUUAACAAACUACACUUGCCAGAAUUCUUAUGGGAGGUAGAAGCGGUAUGAUACACUUAAAGCAGUAUCAUAUUUAAAGCAUUACCAUGCAGAUUGGCCCUAUAUGUCCAUCUAGACCAGUAUUGUCUACUGUUGACUGGCAUUGACUCUACAGGGUCCUGGGCAGAGGUCUUCCCCAUCGCUACUGAUCUGGUUCUUUAAACUGGAGAUGGAAUCUGGGGCCUUCUGCAUUCAAAUCAGGUGUUCUGCCACUGAGCUUCAGUACUUCCCUGGGAUCUAUCGUUGCUUUUUGUAAUCCAGCCUGAUACUUGCAGACCCCUAUAGCAACCUCUGCUCUCAGAAUCUCCCAAUAGCAGAAAUGGGGUUCCUUCCCCUAUCAUUUAAGUGACUGGCUGCUACUGGGACUCAGGAGUUGAGCAAUGCGUCAUUGCGAGGAGCGUAAUCUCAAUCAGAACCGAUCAGUGUCAGCAGCCAUUUUAGGUUUCCUUGGGAAUCUGCUUAGCAACAACAUUUCCAAACCACUGGCAGGUCUGCUGCCAGGGUGGGAGAUUUUUUAAAGUUUGAGUUGAUAUUUAUUUUUGUAUUUGAUUUGAUAUUUGUAUUCCACUUUUUUCUAAGAGCAUUGUGGAGCUCAAAGUGGCUCACCAUAAUAGUAGCAUUAAAAACGGACAAACAUUAGUACGUAUAAUCAAAAAGCACAAUAAGGUAACCCAUAAAACAAUUAAUAGCAAUCGGCACAAACUCAUAGUGAUUCAAAAAAUCAGGAAUGUCUGCUGCUGUCAUCUUCCUUUUCCUCCUCCUCCUCGCCCCCAAAUCUCAGUGGUGCUGUUAGGUAUUGUUAGACUUUGGUCUCAUUCUUCCCAUCUCUUUGCACAGUAACAUAGGUUAUGUCAAAAUAUGGUAAGCCAGCCUUUCUGUAUCUGAUGUCUCCUUGAAACCCUUCCUUGGUGGCGCCACUGCCAAGUCCAAAAGCCUUCAGACCCAUAGCAAAGGAAUUAUGGGGGUGCUCUCUAACUAGCUGCUUUCUCUACUCCCCUCCCACCAGCUGAGGAAUGAAUUCUGUGUGUUCUUGCUGUGCCUUUUGUGUGUUUCUGUGUGACUUUUGUAGUCCUGGAGCCUUCCUUGGCAAGUGGUGGGCGGGGGGAGGAGAGAGGGAGACUAGCCGAGUGUUGUAUGCCAUCUGGGGCACAGACUUGUGAUCCUGACUUCUUCAUUAAAGCUUGUGGGAGUUUGAUUUCUCCAGGGCUCCAGUAGUGGUGUUGCUUGCGGUCUUCCUUCUACAGUGUGACGUGUUUGUAGGGAGCACAACCUGAGGCUUGGGUCUCCCUUGGUGAGAAAUCCCUACCCCAAAACAGUCAUGCAUCUUUCCAAGAGUAGCCUAAGUUGAGCAGUGCAUGGGCGGGCCAUCCUGCCUUGGGCAAAACCUGGUUCUCCCGCAAGCAACAAACUGAAAGCUGUUGCAGAAAGGGUGGAUCUGGGGCAGCUGGGGAGCCACUUGAUGGUGGUUUAAUAACUUAACCCUAUUUGCGCCUGGAAAUGCAAGGAGCAGGUUGAUUGGCUGGCUGCAACCUCAAGCCUACUCAGUGGUAGAACAAGUGGCGUAGCGUGGGGGGAGGCAGAGGCGCAAUUGCCCUGGGCACAAAAUUGUUAGGGUGUAAAAUUUCAGCCUCAAUACAGCUGGUAGGCACACCCUGCUAUGUGUGAGUUGUCAUUCUCACCCUCUUAGGUGAAUGAACCAGUAGCCUGUUGGUCAUUAUUGUGCAGAGCAUGCAAUUGCACAAGGCCCUAUACUUGCUUCUGCUUAGAUGCCUUGCUGCACUAAUCAGUUAUUUCCCAUUAGUGAAGACAUCUGAAGUCUUAAUGUUCUUUAACUUGUGCACUGUUCAGGCUGGGGGAGGUGUUUAAUGGGUGGAAAGAACAGGAGUAACAAAGAGCUCCACUUUAAACAAGAUCAAUUUCCCCCGUGGUGGUGUGUGCUUGUGCAAUCCCACAGACGCAAAUAAAAGCCACUGAAAUUGGCCUCCCAGAAGAAUACUCUGUUUUUAAAAGAGAGAGAAAAGGAAGCAAGUAGGUUUCUUAGUUUGCUUGAAAACACUUGAACAACGGAUGCUGCAGUCUUGGAAGCCUGGGGAAUUGCAAACUUAAAUUUCCAGUGAGGUGGGGGUCUGCAGCAGCCUGGCCCUUCCCCAUUAUAGCAAAGUUCAAAUAAGUUAGGUAGAAUCAGGUAGGUUUGCAAAAUCAUGCAGGUCAGUUUGUAGUAUUUGAAGUCUUAGCACAAGUUUUUUGGGUGGGUGCGUGUGUGGGGUUUUGUUUUUAAAAAACCAAGGCAGAGAACACACCAUCCCAAGUGAUAGCACAGAAGUUACAGGAGGAACAAGGAGCUGUUGCCCUCCUGAAUAUGUUGCUGGACUACGACUCCAUCAUCUCUGACCACUGACUGUGCUUCCUGGGGCUGAUGGAGUCUAGUCAUAUCUGAAGGGCCUAAGUUGUCCUUCCCUGAGUGUAAUCUGCGUGAAUAUCCCAGGAAGUGGGUCUUGCUCUUACCCUUCCUGGAGUGCAUCUGUCCACCCACGAAACGGCAUUUGCACUGUGAGAAGUGUCUAAACAAACACUGGACAUUUACAGGAUUUGGUCCUCCAUGUGGGGGUGGAAACAGUGUCUUAUUUUCAAGAGAUGUCUCAACAGCAGGAGUGUCACCUCAGGUUUUCGUUUUGCUUUUCAGAUGAUGGGCUGGGAGAAAAGGGAUAAGAUUUACUGCAAAAUGCAAUGAUCUCCUCUUGGAUACCUUUUUAGCUGUCCCAAACAACAAGAGCCCACGAACAAACCAUACAAUUAAUGAUAAUUUGUUCUGAUUACCUUUUUUCAUACCACAGAAUAUCUAGAAAUCUCUGUGCUUCUAAGGAAUUUUUAUAUAAGGUCUGAAAUGGGCUGGGUCAGGGGAAGAGAAAGUGUGAUUUUCAUCAAAACACAGAGAGGGAGACUGUUCUGAAUCACGGCUCAACCAUUCAGGGACUGAACUCUUGACAUCUCCUUUGAAAGUACCCAGUUCCUUUCACUCAUGUUCAUGAGAGUUACUAAUUCUUAAAUUAGAUUUAUACCCUAUUUCUCAGCCAAGAUGGCUGAAAGAAGCCCAUGAUAAAAAUCCAUUGUAAUUAUAGUCUCUGAUGUGGCAUUGCUGAUCUCCCUCCACAAGUCUCUGCAUAUCUGUCUUGUAAGACCCUGUAUUAUAUGGGUUUUUUUUGUUAGUUUCCAUUGCAGGUUUGGCUGGCCAUUAGACACCCCCAUGAGUGCAAAUCUUAACAUUAGAACUGGUCUGAGGCUUUAACACUGUAAUCAUAUGCCUCAGGUGCACAACCUGUGCCCCUCCCCCUCCCAAUGUUGUUGGACUCUGCCCCCAUCAGCUCCUACAAGGGAUGGUGGGAGUUGGAGUCAGAGAGCAGCUAGAGGGGCGCUGGUUCCUGGGCCUGAUAAACAUCUGUUCAGAAAUUAAGGCUGCAAUGCUAUACCCAGUUACCCAGGAGAGAAACCCACUGAGUUCAAAGAUUCAGCGCAUUCCUAACCAUACCUCUUCAGAAGUAUGUUCUAUUGAAUUCAGCGGGGAAUGUCUUAGUAGACAUGCUUAGGGUCGCUCUGUAAGAAGGUGAGUAUAGAACUGCUGCCUGACAACAGUCUUUUCCAUGUCUACUCAGAAGUAAGUCGCCUGGGAAUAAGCUGCACUGAACACUGUUGGAUGGAGCUAGUAUGAACUGCGCUGCAAACUUAACUUUUCCUCACUUUUCAGAAACAAGGAGAAAGUGCCUCUUGUAACUUGAGAAUGGCCAGCUUAGAGCUGAGAUGGUCUUGUUCCCAACAAUUUAAUUCUUCUCUUCUGCAAAAUUGGGUAUCUAAUUUGGUGCCCAAAUGCCUCAUAUCUUGGAUGUUACCAUGUAUUGAUUUUUUUAUCUGAUGUUUCAUAUUUAACAGCAUUCAGGGAGUGACAUGCAAUGGUACGGCACCUGAUGUGGCGUAUGUUUGAUAAGAUGCAAUGGUGCAUAGCUUCUGGCAAUAGCGAGCCAUUCACAUUUCAUGAUGCCUGCCUGGCUAACUAGGGCACAGGGAGCAAGGUGCUAAGAAGUCUAAGUUGCUCUAAUUCUGAAAUUAAAACCCUAAAUUUUCAAAUUAAAGAGGUCUGCAAAUAAAGAUGUGAAUGGUGAAGCUGGCAGUGCUGACAUGUGCAUGUCAUGAAAUCCAGCCAUUCACAAAUUACACAAGUUGCACCUUCCUGGUUUACCAAGUGAAGUUGUUUCCAGCGCUGAGGGGAAAGCAAGGGAGAAGUCGCUGUUACAGAUCUGACAUUUUGGCUGAGCUAGGUGCUCCCCCUGCUGUCUGUUCUCUUGCCUGGUGAUGUGUUUUCCCCACCCCCCUGUGUCCCCCCAUUCUCAUUUGUUCCAUCACAUUAGGAUCUGAUGGCUGAUCUCCAGGGAGCUGCCUUGAUAAGCGUUUCUCUUGCGGGAGGAGUUGCUGGAGAAGAGGAGGCUGCCUGUGGCUGCAUUAGGAGCCAGGACUCUUUCCCUCUCUCUCUUCUUCAAAUGGAGCUGCUGAAGUGGGAGAUCUGCUCCAGACCUAAACAGCCUAUUGUCACGAUGGGUGAUGCUUGGCUCAGAUACCUGGACCCUUUAGACUUGCUGCGGAAAUAGUAUAAAUAUAUACAUGAGAUACUAGCAAGCUCAAGCUGCAGGGAUCUGUUUCGUAUGUAACUGUGUGAGGUUAAGGACACCUUCAAAUGAUUGUGGGGUUUUCUUUCUAUUUUUUCCCCUUCUGUGCAACCUGCUUUUGGUUGAUUAUCCUUAUUCUAAGCCCACAAGGCUCCUGCUUCAGUACCUGCCGGUCCUGUAUAUUUGUUCUUAAAUGCUGCACCAAAAGUGGAAUGUCCAGUGGAACUUGGGGCUACUUCACCCAUGUGACUUCUUUCUCCCUCCACCCAAUAUUGUUUAAGCCAGAUCACUCUAAAAGGUCAGAGUCUUAUGCAGAUGUCAAGACACUUGAGUCGCGAUGUUAACUUCUUGCACAAGAGAGUUGGGGUGGGUCUCCUUCAUGCUCGUUCUUGCGGGUGAGUUUCCGGCAGGGGAGUUGCGUCAGAGCAGCUGACUUGUUAACGCUGAACCCAACCGAUGUUGGACUUCAUUGGAAGUUGCCUGUCCAUUAAAGAGUGGAUCCUUCUAAGAGUCCAGUUCUCAGCUGCCUCCCUGGAAAAACAAAGAACACCCCUUACUGUGGAAUGGCAGCAAAUACAACGGGGGAAGACGCCUCUAUAAUAAAACAAAAUAUUUGUGGAACGCAUUUUGUGUUUUUGUUAUUGAACAGUUCGUACUUCUACGCAUUUGGGGAUAACUUUGAUUAUAGCCGCAAUGUUGUAACCUGCCCUUCUUUCAUCUAGUGCCAUUGAUAUUUCGGACUCCCAACUUCCAUCAUCCACAGCGAACAUGGCUGAUGGUCAUUGAUUUUGGGAGUUUUAGUUCAACAGCGUCUGGACCGUACCAAGCUUGGGGAAGGCUGCUGUAAUAUUUGUCAGCUACUGCUUUUAUAACAUUAUUCUACUGGAAAAUUUGUUUAAUUGAAAUACUUCUAAGUGGCUUUUCUGUGCAGCUUGCAAGAGUGAAAAUUUAUGCAUAAUGUAAAAAAGAAAAGAACCCCUCCACACACAUAUCUUCUCUGUUCCCCCAACUGUCCAAGAUAAAAACCAAUACAUGUACUCAUUAAACCACUCUUCACAGCUCUGCUAACCCAGAGUCCAAGGCAGGCAGGACCUUACCACCACCCUAGUAACAACUACUUAAUAUUACUCUAGCUAAAGCUAUUGAACCUGGGAGCUUCAUAUCGGAUGAUAUGGAGGCAAUGUGUUCUUGUUGCGCGAGUUCAUUGGCUGUGUUUGGCAAAGCUGAGCAAAGAAUGUAUGUACUGGACCCUCCCCCCGAGAAGCAAAGGCACAGUGAAAUAUAGCAACUUGUUUCUUAUUUCCUUUAAAGAAAAGGCUGUGCUCAGAGUUGUUUACCUUGAUUAUUUAUUUGCAGUCUUCAGCCAUAAUGGUUCUCAAAGCAGUUUCAGGAUAAUAAAAUCAGAUUUAUAGGUGGUCCCCACCGUUCUCGCUGUGAUGCAUCCCUGGAAAUAUAUGCAAGCACUGGAAAAGGUACAUUUCUACAACAGCAUGAUGGCUCUGGUCUGAGAGAGUGCCAGAGGGGAGAGGUUAGACCUUAGCAGCAGGAAUGGAUUUUGCGGGGGUUGGGGUGCCCAUUAGUAAGCUCUGUCGACCUUUCACAGAGCCACUGUUUAAAUUUUCCGUAGUGCCCUGGAUUGAUACUUUAGGGUAUAUGUUCCUGAGCACUAACACUCCAACAGAUCUUGUGUCCCUGUUAGGUUUCCAGGGGGGGUCACCAAAGUCACAACUCUGUUUCUCAACGCAGAACAGUUUCAGCUUCUCUGUGUCUUUUAAAUGCAAACUGGAUCAGAUUUCUCUCUCAUCCCCAGUGCUAUUUUUCUAGAAAAAGAGGUGCCAGAACUCACCAUGACCACCUCCCUCAUUCUCUUAGAAUGGCAAUGGUGCCCACCUGAGAGGUGCUGGAACUGAGUUCCUGUGAGUUUCCCCUGGAAAAAAGCUCUGCUCCUUCCUAACAGAAGCCCACAUAUGCACAUACUCAUUAGUAGGGAUGGGAUUCGCAAUCACAGACUGAUGUGACAAGUCCCCCCCCCCUUUGCAAUUCCCUAGGACAAACACUAUUCAUUUUGCAAAAUGGUUCAUAAAAACUCAAACAGGGAACCUUUGGACUAUUCUUAUCACCUAAUUGGCUUUGAUUCUUCGAAAAAUUAUGAGCCCUGUAAAUGUAAAGCUUCUCAUUACCCAUUAUCACCAUCCAUUUGUAUGCCCCCAGAGAUAUUGAAUUUUAUCUUGAGUUGUGCACAAUGUGAAGUCAUCAAAACGCAACGUCCAUUUCAGUUAGUUUUUACAGAAUCAUACCCAGCUUUUUUAAAGUGUAUUUGGGUAGAGGAAGUUACUUGGAUGUUGUUUCUGUGAAUGUAUCUAUGUAUCAUCUCUCUAUCUAUUAUUUAUAUAUUAUUUGCCACAAGAAGACUGGGAAAGAAUCAAGGUGAAACAAAUCACAUGCACGUUUUGCUAGGAAGUAACCAGGAUUGAACUGGAUAGAAUUAACUGCAGAAUAAACAUGCAUUGGAUCAG